AUGGUCCCAUUUGUCUCUUUUUUGGUGUGCGCUUCUUCUGGCUGCUGCCAUUUAUUACCAUGCGGUGGCUGUGCGUGGUGUAGCUGCUGUCUCUCUCUACUUUCUUUCUCAUGCUCUUGCAGAUCGAAUCCACGUUAUUCAACAACGAAAGUUUUGAAGAUGAUGUGCCGUGUGUUUUGUGUCGUGUUGGUGCUGGCACUGCUGUGCUGCUGCUCGUGCGUGUUUGCCGUGGAGGAGGAGGAGCCGCAGGUAACGCAGGUGGAUGCAGUGUGUGCGGGUAAGGACAAACUCGGGCGCUGGCAACUCCGUGGGACGUCAUUGUGGUACAACUGCACGACUGCAGCUGCUGGUUUUGGGCAGAUGAUUUGCGGCAUGGGCGUCGGAAACUGUGAGCCCGAGGAUGUUCAGAGACGUAUAAAAGAUGGUGCGAAGGAUGGCGUCUUCACGAUCAACGUCACAUCGCCCAAUCCAAGCGCGGUGAAGAGUUGGUGGCAACGUAACGUUGAGUCGAAGGCGGUUACCGUUGCAAGUGUUCCGGCCAAACCUCCGGAAGGACCUCCGGGCUCUCCAGAAGACAAGAUUUCUCGUGAAACAUCUUCCAGAGCGGAUUCUGAACCUCCUGCUGACGCUGAGAGUGCGGCUGGUGCCCCUUCACUGGCUGGAGCUCCGGGUGGCGCUGGUGAAAGUGUUCCGGCCACACGUCCGGAAGCAGGCACUCCGGCGGCUCGACAAGAGGAGGCUUCUCGUGACGCCUCCACAACAAAUUCAAAAUCUCCUCCUGCUGUCGUUGAGAAUUCCACGGAUGUCCCUCCUUCUUCUCUACCUGCAACUCCAGGCGGCGCUGGUGCUAACUCUGCUGCUGGCACUGCGGCCACGACGGAUUCUUCUGCCGAGGCCUCGCGAGCACCGGAUUCCGCUCCCGCUGGUGAUCCUCAAGGCGCAGCACAUUCUACUUCUGCUGCUUCUGCUGCACCCGAAUCCCCACCAGAUCCAAAGCCCACAGAAGGCAGCGACCACUCCUCCCAUGACCCUCCAGUGGAGCUGCGGGAAGAGACUGCUGCUGCGCCACCGACUCAGUUGUCCCAGACCGGCGAGGAGGGGGGUGCAGCUGGAGGCGCCGAAGAGGACGCCGCCAACACCACCACCGAGACUGCUUCCGGCGAAGGAAAUAAUAUGGCGGCAAGCAUGCCGGCUCCCCUUUCCUCUGCGCCCACAACGAACGCGUUGGAGAACAGUGUGGGAACUGACGCCUGCUUCCAUGACACCCGUCUGCAUGCCCUGCCACCGCUUGUUCUGGCUGCACUCACCUACGGGACACUGGGCUGA